AGCAGCACCCUGAAGGAGGCAUGCUCAACCUCAUCAAAUUACCACAAGUCUUCACCAUCAAUCAAGUACCCAAAGUUUUCCAUGAGGACGGCAUCAUCUCUGGGUACCGACACCCCCGCAGCUCAGCCACUGACUGCAUCCUGAGCCUCUUCCAGUUGACCAAUGAGACGCUCAACAUCUGGACCCACUUUUUGCCCACCUGGUACUUCCUAUGGAAACUAGUGACAGUGGUGCUGAUGCAGACAGCAUGGCAGGACUCCUUCACCUGGCCUCUGGUGGUCUACCUUAUCUCCUGCUGCAUUUAUCCGCUGGCGUCAAGCUGUGCUCACACCUUCAGCACCAUGUCAGUGCGGGCACGCCACAUCUGCUUCUUUUUUGACUAUGGUGCCCUGAGUUUCUACAGCCUGGGGUCAGCAAUCACCUAUUCGGCUUAUGUUUUCCCGGACAAGUGGGUGAACAGCUUCUUCUACCAGUAUUACAUCCCUAUCGCUGUGCUCAACACUGCCAUCUCCACUGGCCUGGCCUGCUACUCCAGAUUCCCUGAGUGUCAGAGUCCAAGGUUCCGUAAAAUUGUCCGAGUUACUGCUUUCGCCUACCCCUACCUGUUUGACAACAUUCCUGUGUUCUACAGGGUGUUCCUGUGUGUAGGGCAAGGCUGUACAGACAAUGAUGCCAUCAUCCUCCACUACAACCACAUCGCCUUGGCUUUUCUCACAGGCUUUCUGUUUGCCACACAUUUACCUGAACGUCUGGCACCCGGCAGCUUCGACUACAUAGGCCACAGCCACCAGCUCUUCCAUGUAUGUAGCAUCCUUGGUACCCACUUCCAGCUGAAGGCCGUUGAACAGGAUAUGGUGACACGACGCCCCUGGCUCCUUGCACACUCCGUUCCCAUCACAUUUUCAAACUCACUGGGUUUAGCUCUGCUUUGUGUGGUGGUGAAUUUGACUAUCAUCAUCCUCUACAGUCUACCUCUCCUAUCUGCCCCAGUCGGCCAAAAAAACAAAAAACAUGGUAAAGGUCCAAAGAAAACUUCAGGCAAACUUUGCAACCGCUGCUAAAUCUUCAGCUUCAUAAGUCACAGCUGAGGGA